CCCUUACAAUAUCACAAGUCAGUUUGGUUGGAAGCGCAUUUGUGAUAAUUCAAACAUAUCGAAGAUUAAAGCAAAAUCUAAAUUUCUCAAUUGGAAUUAGAUUACCAAUGUAUAUAGCAAUAAAUAACGCAUUACUUUCAAUAUUAUAUUUUGCUAAUAUUAUUAGCGCGCUGGUGAUCGGAGUGCCUUGGACAGGAAUCACGUGUAAAAUAUACGGAUUUUUUGAUGCGUUUAUCGUUUCAAUGAGCGUAACUUUAGUUGCUCUCGUUGCCAUUAGAACCUAUUUAAAAGUGAUUUUGAAUCUCUAUCUUGACACCGGAAAAUAUGAUCACAGGCAGAUUAUGGUUGCUUUUGAUUACCACUCACCGGGGAAAUGGUCAUUGACAAUCACGAUGUCAACAUUAAUAUCAGUUACAGCAAUAUUAUGUAUCUUUUGUUAUGGUUGUAUAAUUUAUACGAUAACGACUGUGGAACGACCUGAUGGUAUCGGUAUUAAUGAUGUACAACAAAAAAUGGCCACCAAAAAAAUUCUAGCCUAUACUUUUAAUUUUCUAAUUCAAUGGACACCAACUCUACCAUUUAUUUUUGGAGUAGCCCGAGGAAAUGAUCCGUUAUGGAUUUAUUAUCUCUUCAUUAUCUCUGUUAAUAUUGGAAGCAUAGCAAAUGCCAUACAAUAUAUUUGUCACGAAGGAUUCGGUAUAACCGAAAAUCAAAAUCAAAAUCAAAUGAUUUUGGAAUCGUCAUGUAAUAUUUAUAUGAAUUCACAAAAGAAAUCUAAAAGAAAACAUUCAAAGAAAAAAUUUAAUGAAGAAGAUGAUAUUGAAUUAGGAUCAUUUCAUCAUAGUGACAGUACUAUUGGUUGUGAAAUCAAUGGAACUUCACAAAUUUCCGUGAAUAUUAAAAUGAAGGAUUUGGAGAAGGUUAAAUGCGUUGAUAAAAAUUUCAUUUUAAGGGGGAUUUGA